AUGCGUGUGCAAUCUUUCGCUGCUCUUCUGGCCGCUGUCGCCUCAGCCUCUGCUCAGUCCGUCUCUGGCAAGGCGUACGGUUUCGCCGCCGGUGUCACUGGUGGUGAGGGUGAAGCUGUCACUCCUGCUACCGCCGAAGAGCUCGCCAAGCUUCUCGCCGACGAUACGCCCCGUGUUAUCUACAUCGACAAGGAGUUUGACUUCACUGGAGACGUUAAGACCGGCUCCGGCUGUGACCGCAAGAGCUGCAGUGCUUCCAACGGCGGUCAACUCUACCUCGGAGACUUGUCUUGCGGUGGCAGUGAUAACGUCGCUGUCAGCUCUAUCACCUACGAUGUUGCUGGUACCGAGCCUCUCCCUGUUGGUAGCAACAAGAGUAUCAUCGGUAACGGUAAGGCUGUCCUGAAGGGAAAGGGUCUUUCCCUUAAGAAGGGAUCCAGCAACGUGAUCAUUCAGGGCAUUGAGAUCACCAACUUGAACCCUGGCGUUGUCUGGGGGGGCGAUUCACUUGAGAUGCGCGGACUUAACGAUGGUGUGUGGAUUGAUCACUGCAAGUUCUCCAAGGUCGGCCGCAUGUUCAUCGUCAGUCACUACGAUGGCUCCCGUCUUACCAUCUCCAACUCCGAGUUCGAUGGUGUCACCGACACCUCUGCGUCCUGCAACGGCAACCACUACUGGACCAUGAUGUUCUACGGCGAGGGCGACAAGGUCACUCUUGACCGCAACCACUUCCACGACGUUGCCGGCCGAGCCCCCAAGCUCGGCGAGCCUGGCACCAACGGUUACUUCCACGCUACCAACAACUACUUCCAGAACAUGAAGGGCCACGCUUUCGACGCUUACCAAGGUGCCAAUGCUAUCAUCGAGGGUAACGUCUUCGACGGCGUUGACACUCCUGUCACCAAGGAGGGUGCUGCCGUUAGCACCCUUUUCAUUCCUGAUGAGAGUGCUGCUGCUGCUUGCCAAUCUGCUCUCGGUCGUGCUUGUGAGCCUAACUCUGCUACUAGCAGCGGUGACCUCCCCAUCAUGAGCGGUGAGAGCGGCCUGAACGCUCUUGCUGAGCACAAGGACAACAUUAUCACUCCUGUUUCCGCCAGCGAGGUUGCUGCUCUUGUUGUUUCCAACGCUGGCCCCGCGAACGUUGGCUCCGGCUCCAGCUCCGGUUCUGCCCCUGCUAGUGACUCCGAGUCCGGCGAUGAUGCUACUGAGACAACACCUACUACUCCUGAGACUACUCCCCAGACUACACCUGAUGCUGUUCCCGAGGCCACCACCCCUCAGACCACUCCCAAAUCUGCUCCGGAGCAAGAGCAGAGCGUUCCCGAAGUUGAUGAAGAUGAGCAGGUCGAGCCCGUUGCACAGGCAGAGACCGAGCCCGUUGCCACCGGAGACUGUGAGGAGGAUGUUGAGGAGGACACCCCCAAGCCUUCCACCAGCGAGUCUUCUUCUCCUGCCAUUCCCACCAAGGACUCUUCCUCCAGUGGUUCUUCUUCCGUUCAGAUGUACGGUCAAUGUGGCGGAAAGGACUUCACCGGAUCUACCAAGUGUGCGUCUGGUGCCACCUGCACGAAGUUCAACGAGUACUACUCCCAGUGCAUCGGAUCCAACAGCCGAGUUCGCCGCUACGUGCAGGUCUAA